ACGUUCAACGAACUUUAUUGUUCCUGUAGGCCGCGCGGGGCAGGUCGGGACAAGAUGGCGGUGCGGGCAACGCCGAGGAGUGGAGGCAAUGUGCAGAGGAAGCGGUACUGGGAGGCCGAGGAGGGGGCAGGGACGGAGGUCUCCCCCGCUAAGAGAGUCCGAGGAAAGGCGGCGGUCCGUAAACCUGCCAACAGCAAAUCACACAACCCCUGGAGAAGACCGAGUCACGGCAGAUCAGCGAUGUCCGGGCGGAAGGACCCCUUCCCAGGACCAGCUCCCCUCCCUGACGAAGCGCUGGAGAAGUACAAGCGAGGAAAAGACGUCCAGAUGGCUGAACUGGCGGCCGGGAGGGCGAAGAGUGAGCUGCACAAUCUGGCCAAGAAGUCCAAGUAUGCUCAGAGACUGGCAGCACGCUUCGACCAGCUGCUGCCCGCCGAAGCUGGUUUUCUGGAAGCCGAUGAGGGUGAGGACACAUGCUUGAUCCGACAAGAGGACAUCGCGGGGGCUGUUGAUAUCGCUGGCAGCUCAAAGCACUUCAAUCUCGACCUCACACAGUUUGGACCAUACAGAAUAAACUACACACGGAACGGCAGGCACCUCUUGCUGGCUGGGCGCAGAGGACACGUGGCGGCAAUGGAUUGGCACAGCAAGCGGCUGCUGUGCGAGAUAAACGUCAUGGAGCGUGUCAACGACAUCCGGUGGCUGCACACAGAGACGAUGUUUGCGGCGGCCCAGAAGAAGUGGCUGUACAUUUACGAUAACCAGGGUGUGGAACUGCACUGUGUGAAGAAGUUCAACGACGUUCUGAAGAUGGAGUUUCUGCCCUAUCACUUCCUGCUGGCCACCUGUAGUGCCCGGGGGUUCCUGCAGUACUUGGACAUUUCGGUGGGGAAGGAAGUGGCGGCUACCUGCACCAAGGCCGGACGGUUGGAUGUCAUGGCUCAGAACCCUCACAACGCUAUCAUCCAUCUGGGGCACCCGCAGGGUACGGUGACGUUGUGGAGCCCGAGUGUGAAGGAGCCCCUGGUGAAGGUGCUGUGCCACCGAGGUGGCGUGCGAGCCAUCACCGUCGACAAGACUGGCACGUACAUGGCCACUUCGGGGCUGGACCAGAAGCUUAACAUCUUUGACCUCCGCACCUACCGACCCCUUCACUCGUACCUGCUGCCGACGGGCGCCAGCCACCUUGCCUUCAGUCAGCGCGGCCUGCUGGGCCUUGCCUGCGGCAACACUGUGCACGUUUACAAAGACAUCCAGAAGGUGACGGUGAGGAGUCCCUACCUGAGCCACUGCCUCCGCCAGGCGGUGCACGGACUGCAGUUCUGCCCCUACGAGGAUGUGCUGGGCGUGGGCCACGGGCUCGGUUUCACCAGUAUGUUGGUACCAGGUGCCGGGGAGGCGAACUUCGACGGGCUGGAGUGUAACCCCUACCAGAGCAAGAAGCAGCGACAGGAGUGGGAGGUGAAGGCCCUGCUUGAGAAGAUCCAACCGGAACUAAUCACCCUCGACCCCACGAAACUGGGGCAGGUCGAUGCAGUCUCCAUGGAGCAGAAACACCAGGACCGGGUGGAGCGGCUGGGCUUCGACCCGAUGGAGAAAGUGAAGUUUGAACCACGCAGGAGAGCAAAGGGCCGUAGUUCCAGCGGCCAUGUGGAGCGAAGGAAGAAACUGGUGGCCCAGAGCCAGCAGCGGGAAGCGAUCCGGGAGAGCGUGGAGCAGAAACUGAAGGCCCAGGGGAAUCGACAAGUGAGCGCUCGGAGAGAGUCUCGCCCGGCUAUAGCUCUGGACCGCUUCCGGAAAUAGCCCCCCUUGGAGAGCCGGUGGUGGAGCUGAGCGAGGAUGCAUCGACGGCCCCCUACGAGUGGGAUCACCCCAGGAUACAGCUGAUGGACUGUACGAAGUGCUGGGUCAGCCCACGGUCGCAGUAGGGAACGAGCGGUGGAGUUUAUCAGCAAUAAACUUUUCUGUGAAGAAUGUUAGUUGUCUGUUCUAUCAAAC